UCGAAUUUUUAGCAUUUUUAGUCCGAUCACUAGUGAAAAGUAUCCGGCUAUAUACGAUGGUAAUAUACUUCAAUUAUCACGUUCUUCCGGAUCUGAGUCUCAUAAAUUUUAUGAGACAUUAUACGAGAAAUACUUGACCCCGGAUGGUCUUAAAGAUGUUCACACUAUCUCUUCCUUUCAUUUAUUCAAAGCGGCUAUUAAAAAACGAGGUGGAACCGAUAAUAUGUAUUUAGAUUUUCAAGAAUAUUUUGAGAGAUGGUGUUGUAAAGGGAAAUGGGUUUGUUUGAUAACAGAUCCAGUAAUCGUAAAAAAUAUGUUAUUACGACCGGAUACCUAUCCGAAAUUGGAUCUUAAAGAAUAUUCACCUGUAUAUUCACGACAUUUCGGUGCCAAUGUUAUUCAUCAAAUGGUGAUAUUUGGAAGAGAUAUAGGCAUACGUGUAUGUAAUCCUGCAUUCAAGACCUUACCCAUACACCUUUUUGCUGAAACUGGAAUAAAGUUAAUUAAUAUUUUAGAGCGUAUUGAUAAUAAGCCUAUUGAAGUUAUAGAUCUAAUGCAAAGGUUUACUUUAGACGCUCUUGGAAAAACUGUUUUCGAUUUGAUUUUAAUGUAA